UAUGCUUUUCACACUGCCAUGCAUUAUGGACUUUUACUCUCCUUUCCUAUGUGGAAGUUUGCUAAUUGUAUCUUUCUCUCUCUAUGGUAAUUAAUUUCUAGGAAAAAGAAAUGAGAAAAGUUCAUUUACUGGACUCGAGUCUACUACACUUUGCUAACAACCCUCAAAUUGUUACAUCCAAUUCAUUUCACUUCUCCUUUUCUAUCUUGUGAAACCCCUUUUUCAUGAAAUAGCAAAACUCCAUUCGGUGAAACAUCAGCAUUCAGGCAUAUGAGCUGUUGUUUCUCUAUACAACACAACUAAUUCCUUUUCCACAGAGAAAAAAAUGGCUGAAAUAUUUCUUGGUGCACUCAUUGAGGUGGUAUUUGAGAAGUUGGCAUCGGGCGAUCUAUGGAACUUUGCACGUAAGGAGCGGAUUCAUACUCUGUUGACGAAAUGGAGGAGGAUGUUGGAACAAGUUCAGGCGGUGGUUGCAGAUGCUGAGGAGAAACAAAUCACGGACCGGGGUGUUAAUUUGUGGCUCUCCGAUCUUGAGGACUUGAGUUAUGAUAUGGAUGACGUACUGGACGAGUUCGCAACUGAAGCUUUGCGACGGAAGGUGAUGGAAGGGCCUCGAGCUAGCACCAGUAAGGUACGUGCACUCAUACCUAAUUGCUGUACGAAUCUCAAUCCAAGCACUCUAGUGUCAGAUUUUAGAAUGAAGUCCAAGAUGGAUGAGAUCACUACGAGGUUGCAAGACCUUUUUGAUCGAAGAAUGGUGCUUGGCUUGCAAAACAUAGCUAAAGAGGGGUUUGAUAGAGCACCACUAAGACGACUCACUUCAUCUUUACCAAUUGAACCUUGUCUCUAUGGUAGGGAUAAUGAUAAAAAGGUGAUACUAAAGUUGCUCCUAAGUGAUCAAUCUAGUAGUAACAAAGUCGGGGUAGUCCCGAUUGUGGGUAUGGGUGGGGUCGGCAAGACCACCCUUUCUCAAAUGGUCUACAACGACGAGAUGGUGGACAAGCAUUUUGAAAUGAAAGCAUGGGUCUGCGUAUCUGAAGAGUUUGAUAUUAUAGGAGUGACUAAAGCGAUUAUUGAGUCUGUCACUUCCAGGACUUGCAAGUUUAAAGCCUUGGAUCAAGUUCAAGUUGAGCUAAAAAAGGCUUUGGCUGGGAAAAGGUUCUUGAUCGUUCUUGAUGAUGUGUGGAACCAAAAUCACAGUGAUUGGAGCAGUUUAAAGAGCCCUUUCAAUGAUGGAGCCCUAGGAAGUAAAGUCAUUGUAACAACACGCAUUAUGGAUGUUGCAUUUAUGAUUGCUGGGCCCAGUAAAUAUCACUUCCUAAAGGAACUAUCCGAGGAUGAGUGUUGGUUAGUGUUUGCGCAACAUGCAUUUGAGGAUAGAAGUAUGGAUGCUAAUCCAAAUUUGGUUUCAAUUGGUCGGAAAAUUGUCAAAAAAUGUAAAGGCUUGCCUUUGGCUGCUAGGACACUCGGUGGCCUUCUACGUUGUAAAUUGAGAGAGGAUGAAUGGGAAGGAGUAUUGAACAAUAAAAUAUGGGAGUUACCAGAAGAGGAAAGUUAUAUUCUUCCAGCUUUGAAAGUAAGUUAUUAUCACCUUCCUUUGCAUAUAAAGAAAUGUUUUGCAUAUUGUUCCAUAUUGCCGAAGGAUUAUGAAUUUGAGGAGAAUGAACUAGUUUUCUUGUGGAUGGCUGAAGGCUUAAUUCCGAAGCAAAAAGGGAAAAAGCAAAUAGAAGAUGUUGGUUGUGAGUACUUUCAUGAACUAUUAUCGAGGUCAUUUUUUCAACCAUCAAGUAGUGGUGAACUAUUUGUAAUGCAUGACCUCAUCAAUGAUUUGGCUCAGUUUGUUGCCAGAAAAAUUUGUUUUAGGUUAGAGGAUAAACUGAAAGAGAGUGAGGGAGAUGAAAUUAUAAAUAAAGCUCGACAUUCAUCCUACACACGCGGUUAUUGUGAUGGCAUGAAGAAGUUUGAGGCCUUUCAGAAAGCCAAAUAUUUGCGGACAUUUUUACCAUGUGGAUCUAGAUAUCAAGGAUUUGCCAACUUGACUAGCUAUGUUCCCCUCCGUUUGUUGCCGGGUCUAAGACGUUUACGUGUGCUUAGUUUGAGAAGAUAUCGAAUAGGUGAACUUUCAAAUUCGAUUGGGGAUUUGAAACAUGUGAGGUACCUUGACCUUUCAUGUGCCUUGAUUUUAACGUUACCAGAAUCAAUAAGCACUCUCUACAAUCUACAAACGCUAAUUUUGAGAGACUGUAAAAAUCUCAUGAAGUUGCCUACAAAUACUAGUGACUUGAUUAGUUUGCGUCAUCUCGAUAUUACCGGUGCAGAUUCCUUACAAGAAAUGCCACCAAAAAUAGGAAAAUUGACAAGUCUUCGUACAUUAUCAAACUUCAUUGUUGGCAAUGGCAACGGGUCUACGAUAACUGAGCUGGGCAACUUGAUUCAGCUUAGAGGGACACUUUGCAUCUCAGGGUUGGAGAAUGUGACGGAUGCUCUAGAUGCCUGGAGGGCCAACUUGAAGGAUAAACAAGGCUUAGAUGCGCUACUGAUGAAAUGGAGUAACAUCUCAUAUAAUUCUCGCAAUAGGAGUGUUGAAUCAAAAGUGCUUGAUAUGCUGGAACCUCACAAGAAAUUAAAGGAGCUUUCCAUUAGUGGUUACGGUGGUCUCACAUUCCCAACUUGGGUUGGAAAUUCUUUGUUCUCCAAUAUGGUCUACUUGAAGUUCCAAAACUGUGAAAAAUGCACUUCCUUGCCACCUUUGGGGCAGUUACCCUCGCUUGCAAAACUCUACAUUCAAGGAAUGAAGGCAGUAGGUAAUGUUGGACUUGAGUUCUAUGGCUUGGGUCACUCAAAUCCUUUUCCAGCUCUAGAGAUUUUAACCUUCAACGACAUGCCCAAAUGGAAAGACUGGACUCCUUAUGGAGUUGAGGAGGGAGUUCAAGCAUUUGCUCGCUUAUCAAAGCUCUCCAUUAUAAGGUGUCCCAAGCUUUCGCAUGAGUUGCCCAAAAAUCUUCCUUGUUUAAGAAAACUGGAUAUUGAGGAGUGCCCGAUGUUGGUGUUUGCGUGGGUUCCAACCUCUACAGAGCUGAAUGAAGUGAGGAAUACACUUCACUUGGAUUCACUCAUCUCCUUGCAUCUAAACAAUGUUUUGAUUUCGGACUCCUGUAGUUUUGAAGUCUGUGGUCAAGCAGUGCUUAGAAACUCAAGGUAUAGCCUCUUGAGUUCGUUGACUUCCUUGAAAGUGGAAAAUAUUCGGGGUCACACAUGCCUACCCAUUUGGUUCUUAGGGCUGACAGGACUCGUAGAAUUAUAUCUCUCUGGUUUCGAAGAACUGACAACAUUGUGGGAGAACGAGUUGAGACUACAAGGCCGUUUCCCUGCCCUCCGACGCCUUGCAAUUCGAAAUUGCCCCAAACUUAUCUCCUUGUUUGCUGAAGGAGGAGAAGGAGACGACCUCAAAUCUCUUCAAAAGCUUUCCAUCUACCGCUGUCCAUGCCUCUUCUCUUUCCCAACAACAGGUUUGCCGUCUACUCUGAGAGAGCUGCAGAUUGAAUUCUGUGAUGGUCUGCUGUCCCCGCUUGAUUUGACAUUGCUGAAUAAUCUUGAGAAGCUGUAUAUUUCUUCCUGUCCAUCGCUCACAUACUUAAGUGCUGGAAGGGGGCUACCGCCUGCCCUCAAAGAACUGACGGUUCAUCGUUGUACAAAGCUAAAGUCGCUAAUAGCAGAGGGGAUGAAGAUCAUUUCUCCAUCUCUUGAAUAUAUUGAGAUCUGGGAUUGUAAGAGUCUCAAAACACUACCAGAUGUUAUGCAAAAUAAUGGUCUCAAGAAUCUCAGUCGACUGCAGAUAUGGAACUGUGAGAAUCUAGAGUCCCUUCCGGAAGGAUGGUUUCCCACAACCAAUUUGACUGAAUUUUAUAUCUUCGACUGCGAGAAAAUCGAGCCCCUUCCAAACCACGCGUACAACAACAACAACAACCUCGCUUCUCUCAAAAAGCUAGGACUAAAUAGUUCUCCUAUGGCUACAGGACUCGCCUCUCACAUUCUGGAUGAAGGGAGUUCCUUCUGCUUCACAAACAUCACUUCACUUGGCAUCGCCAACGUCGACAUCGGUAAGCUGUGUGGUUUGCACCGAUUGUACUCUCUCAGAGAACUCUCCCUUUCUGAUUGCGAUGGGGUUUCCUUUCCAGAAGAUGGGAAGUUGUCGUUUCCCUCCGCUCUGGUCGUUCUUCGCAUCUGGAAAUUCCCAUAUCUGGAGAAGCUAUCUUUCAAGGACUUUGAAAAUCUUGUCUCUCUUGAACAACUUCAAAUUGAUAACUGCCCCAAGCUCAUGUCCAUUUCAGAGCUAGGACAGCUUCCCUUGCUUUCGGAUUUGGAGAUCUGUUACUGCCCCAACCUUGCAUUGUUUCCGGAGCAUGGGCUGCCUCCCUCGCUUUUGUCUUUGGUGAUCCGCGGGUGUCCGAUACUGGAACAACGAUGCGAAAAGGGUAAAGGCCAAUAUUGGCGCUCCAUUGCACACAUUCCUGAAGUCUGGAUAGACCAUAGAUUUGUCUUUGACCCAAGCAGCUAA